AGAUGAAAAAGAGUUUAAAGACAAGUGAUUUUCAUUAUGAUUAGACUAUUGUAGGCAAUUUCCUGUCAGAGUUGCGUAAGUCGGUAAGAUAAGACAACAAACAUGGCAAGGAGAGGACAGAAUCUUGGUGUGUUUUUACUCGCGAUGCAGAUGAUGAAUAUAGGUGUAGAAAAUAUACCACCAGUUACUUUAAUAACGACGAUCCUUCAAAUUGCUAUAUUUCUGGAAUUAGGGGAUCUCUUUAGAUGGUUUCCAUCACCAAGUCAUGUGUGUAUAAGUGCAUUCAACGUAUGGGAUAGAAAAGAAUGGAACCGAAUUGUUUUAGGUUCUCUAUACCAUGCUCACGAUUUUCAUCUUUACUAUAACAUGGCGUCAUUCCUUUGGAAAGGAAGGAUACUGGAAAGGCGUUUCGGAACCCCGUACUUUGGAUUUCUCUUGGCAGUUUUUACAGUAUUAACCAGUGUUGUGUAUGUAGCAAUUAGCAUCGCUCUGUCAGAAAUCCUUGAUGAUAGAUCUUACAGAAUGACUUGUGCUGUUGGAUUUUCUGGAGUCAUUUUUGGUUUGAAAGUUUUGGUAACUCAUUACAGUCCUUCAGGUACCCAGUAUGCCAUGGGAUUUAUACCAGUGCCGAGCAAAUACAUAUUCUGGGCAGAACUUGUCCUUAUCCAGUUAAUUACCCCCAAUGCUUCAUUUGUGGGUCAUUUGGCAGGAAUUCUUGUUGGACUGCUAUACAUUAAAGGACCAUUAAAAAUGAUCAUGGAUAGCUUUCUGCAGCCUUCUGAUUACAGGCGCUUCUAUGGUGGUGGAUAUUCAACAAAUAAUUACUCGGACUACAGAUACAAUGCAGGAUAUGGAAAUAAUAACUACCCUGGUUAUAGAAAUGACAGGUACAGUGAUUAUACAGGAGGGUUGUCUGAGGAGGAGCAGAUUAGAAGGGCCCAGGAGGAAAGCCUCAGAGGUACCAGAAAUUCUGAGAGACUUUAUCCAGACCUUGACGAAUUAAGACAAAGGAGAGCAGAUCGAUUUAAUUAGUGUAUUGUAUCAAACCAAGUAGACUAACACCAAUCAUGGUUAUGGACCUCUAUCAUAUUUACACGUUUUUAUAAAGAGAAAAUUCUUCUACCAUGUUGAUUAUGUUUAUCCUUUUUCAUUUAUACAGCACAGAAAGCUUUGUUGAAUGAUUUAUUAAAGCUCAUGAUAAUG